AAGGGCUCGAGUCAUAUAUGGUGUCGCGAUUUUGAUUCAUUUAAUUGUUCGAUCCCUUUUCCAUCUCUCUAUCCGUUUUCAUAUAGAUCACAGCGUGUACUUAGAUGACUUCUUUUUGAAUGUACAUGUAUAACAAAAAUCAACCUCUUAAGAGGUAUUAAUAAAGAGCCCCCAUGCACUGGUUCAUACUUAUCAAAGUACAAGUACCUCCAGUGAAUUAAAGCACCCACGGUUUCCUAUUGUGAUGAGAGCGGAUGAUCUUUUGAAGUGAUCAGAAUUCGUCACCGUAUCUUAGUCGGAAAACCGGCCCAGGAGUAAAUUUAUUGUUUACAACUUAGCAAUGCCCAUCAAUAUAUACUGUCCGAUACAUAAAAACUAAAGAGAGAGAGAGAGAGAACUAGAGGGAGAGAGACAGACAAACAGACACAGGUUUCAGACCGAGUUUGAAAACAGUCUUUUCUGGAAAUGAAUACAAGUAUCACAAACAGCAGUGUGGACACCAGGUAUUACUACGCCUCAGAAGUGGCCAGGAACCUUCGCAAGGCUUUCCUGAAAGCGUGGAAAGAUGAAUUUACCAAAAAAAAAGACUGCGAGGAGCCCAUCGAUCGACAGAAUAUGUACGUCUUUCUGCUGGUUCCUGCUGUUUUGGUGGUCGCUGUUUUAUUCCUAUCAAAACUAGAAAUCAUUCAAAGGAUAUUACACGGAAAAAAUGUAACGAGGAAACCUAAGGAAGCGUUCGGUUCGGACCGCUUUUCGUUUGCCGCUACAUUCGGUGCACUGACUUUUCUGUGUUUUGAGAUAGCCGUCAAAAGGCGCUAUGUUAUACGUACCGCUAACAACGGCCCAUUCAGCGUUCAAAUACUGGGAGCCGUUGUUUCUAUCAUCGUUUACUCCAUGGAUUAUUUCCCUUUACUGGUCGCUCUGGCGGACAAAACAUCGGUGGGGGAUUUAUUAGGGACACUUUACAUUUGGACAAUGACGUCACUGUACAUCAUUCAAAGACUUGGGUGUUACGGUGAUGAGGGAAAGCGGAUGGGGUUAUUCAUACAAAAUAUCCCCAUCUUCAUGUGUAUGGUGUUUUUGUGCGUGAGUUUUCCCGCCAGGCUGAUCCGGUCAGUUCGUAAGCUGAUGGCGCGAGUUGUCGGGUCAUUUGUGGAAUUCUCGGCCCAGGAGAUCGACAGAAUCAAAGAGACGCCCCAGGGUCGAUACGUACAGGGUCUGCUUAGGAAGAAAUUGUCCUCAAGGAACCAAUCCAAGAGCGAGCCUGACAACGUUUUUCAGGAAUUCCUGAAAGAAUAUCUUCAGAAAGUUAAGGUUCAACUCACUUACAAAAAACUUCCAGACUUCCGGUACUCUCUCCGAAUGAUGUGCGUGGUGGUCGUCGGGAUUCUUCUCAUCUACAUGAUAUCGGCCGAAGUUCUUUUAGUACUGGUUCCACUCCUCUCUAACAUAUUAUCCCAGAUCUGGAAGACGAUCGCACUAAUUGACGAAAUCAAGGAAGCUGAGAGCAUCAGCACAAACUUCACCGUCGCCGUUCUGUUUGUAACCUGGGACGUCGCGACAGCCAUUCAGGUCUGUUCCAUCCUGUCCGUCUCUCUAGGCUUUUGUAUAGGACUUAUGAACAUCAUCCACACUUUGACCUCAUACAGACAGUAUUUGAUGGAGCUAUACCGGGGUGACAAUUCGCACAUUCCCAAACGCAAAGAUCAAAACAACACAGACAUUUUGGUUGGUAGCAUGCGGUUUGCAGGGUACCAGAUAGGAUUCAUAAUUUUUGCGUACAUGAUGCAGAUUACGCUUUUGUUUCUCUCUUCCUUCGGAAUAUCCUUGGUGUUCAUCAUAAUAAAGUACAAACGUGAGGGCCCAUUUAUAGCCAUCUUCAAAAAGAUAUGGCCUAUGAUCGUAUUCUCGUUCCUGGUCUGGAUUCUACAGAUCCUGACAGCCAGAUUCGUCUUCCUGCAGAAUAGGGGCAGAGUUAUGGCCAUACAAAACAAACAAGGCUACCAUUUGUUCCUGUACUUUACGUUUAUCCUGGACAUCAUUAUCGGGUCCAUGCGAUGUCCCUACCGCCUCCUGAAGGCCGUCACCCUGGGGGCACUGACCCUGGCCAGACUGGACCACAGCUCUCUGUCCCGGGAGUUCGAGACUCUGGAUACAGGUUUUCGAGCUUAUGUGGGAUUUCUUCAUUUUGAAAAUGUGACGUCACAUCCGGUUCUGUUAACUUUUGUGCGUCUGCUCCUUGCCAGACCCAGUGGAUUCGAACCAAAAUGGAGAAAAAUGAAAUUGAGCUUAAAAGCAUCCGUUGCUCAGGGAGAAGUUCAUAUUGCAGAACUUGGAAAUGCAUUCUGGAAGGACAACCAAAUGUCAAAGAAGGCCUUAGCUAGACACCGCUGGCAUCUGGUCUACACGCUAAUGAAAAACCCCCAGUUACAAUUUCUCCGAAGGACUACCAAUGAUUGGCUAGAAGACUAACAUUUAACAAGCAGUACCUGUUCUUUCUUGUGUAGUGCAAGACUUUGUCAUGCACAAUUAUCAUAAUUAUACAACAUGUGUGAAUAUUUUGAUAUCCAAUAAUGAAAACGACGUUUUCUAGACAUGUACAAGUCUUUUACAAUUCCAUUAUGGUGUGAAGGCAUGUUCUAUAAGAAUGUCCUUUCUAAAUCGUCUUGGCAAGAGGACUAGUGUCUAUAGGGUACGACAACAAACAAGUGCAAGCAUUUCAAAUUUCUUGAUAGGAAUUAUUUUGAUGAGAAUACAUUUAGUAAAAUGUUUUAUAGAUGUACUAAUAGUUACCUUCAGGCACACUGGGCUAUUUUACAAGCUCUUGUUAGAGCAUCAUUUGAUAUUUACUGAAACGCUCUUUAUCUGCGUUUAAAUUAGGUAAGGUUUGUCCGUGAGGUAAAUUCUCAAAGGGAAAUAACUCGGAAAAUUUAUGAACAAUGGAUACAUUGGAACCAUUCUCUUGCAAGAAGGUUAGUUACGCAAGCGAAUGAAGCAUAGCGGAAACACAAUUCUGAAAAGGAAAUGGGAUUGAACGCACGAAGUGCUAUACAUAAUUAUUUGUGAAGCUACUGCAAUAGAUUUUUAAAUUCAUUUCAUGUACAUAACUUGAAUCAUGUUCACUGUUUGUUCAUAGAUUGUAAAUAAACCAUUAGCACUAACCAACAAGUGUCUAUACAAAGAAGAGAUUCUUCUAACAACCAAAAAACGUUACAAAUAAAAUAACAUCCUCAAAAUCCAA